AUGAUCAAGGAUAGUCUCAAAAUAUGUACAGUAUGUGCAUCAAACAACAAUAGAUCAAUGGAGUCACAUAAGCAGUUGGCAGAUGCUGGUUACGAUGUCCAUUCAUUUGGUACAGGUUCUGCAGUGAGAUUACCUGGUCCAUCAAUUGAUAAACCCAAUGUUUACAACUUCGGUACACCCUAUGAAAAAAUUUACCAGGAUCUACUAAAACAAAAUGCAAGGAAAUUGUAUGAACUGAAUGGAGUUUUGCACAUGUUGGAGAGAAAUAAGAGUGUAAAGACUGCGCCAGAAAAGUGGCAAGAAAAUGCUUAUGCAGGUAAAUUUGAUUUGGUGAUUACAUGUGAAGAAAGAUGUUUUGAUAGUGUGCUUGAGGAUCUAAUGUUUAGAAUGUAUAAUACCAAUUCACAACAGGAUUUGAAAUCAGUUGUACAUGUGAUAAAUGUUGAAAUUAAGGAUGAUAAUGAAAAUGCCAUUAUUGGUGGUAAAGGGAUCUUGAAAUUGGUUAAUAUGAUACACGAUUUUAAGAGAAAACAAGAAGAAAAGAAGGAUGACAUUGAAGAUGAGCUGGAGGUAAUAUUAGAAGAUCAAAUGAUGAGCAUUUUAACGGAGUGGCAGAGAGAUCAUGCACAUUUACAAACCUUGUAUGGUGUGUCGUAUUACUGA